AUGUCUCUGCGGCGAGCAGGAACGAGAAGGGCACCUCACGGGGGUCCGGGUGGUCCGAAGCCCAGGACGACGUAUCAGACGGUUCAGCAGGGCUUCAAGGAGCUGUAUAAUCCCCAGAAAGAGAAUGGUUCUGGAUCAGCAAUCGACGUUGACAUUGUCUUCGUGCCAGGCUUGGGCGCUCAUCCGGAGGACAGCUGGAAGUCGGAGACAGGAUUCAACUGGGCGACUGGUGUCUACGAUGGCACUUCAAAACCGUCUUCGGAUUCGAGCAACAAGAAGGAUGGUCUCGCCAGGGACUUUCCAAAAGCUCGCAUCUUGCUGUAUCAGUAUGAAUCAGCAUGGGUUGGGGAUCUCAAGGUCAAGUCUUUCAUGAGGGACAUUGCGAAAUCCAUGUUGGAAGGCCUUCAAGCCAACCGAGAGGGAAUCAGAGACCGCCCUAUAGUGUUCAUUGGACACAGCAUGGGAGGUUUGGUCAUCGCCAAGGCAAUUACUCUCGCUGCAGACACAUAUAGGGACGUGUUUCCCAGGAUGUUCGAGUGCAUCGCAGGAUGUGCUUUCUUCGGAACGCCCUUUGGCGGUGCUCAAGUUGCUGCCGUAGCCGCCUUGCUCGGUGAUUUUGGCGAGCACUUGGGAUACACCAAGUCUUCGGCUCUAGUCAAGAUGAUGACGCCUGGAGACGAGGGCUUGAAUGAGCUAAAGAAUGAUUUCCUGCGUUUAGUUCGUAAGAUCAGUCCUGAGAUUCAGCUUUUCUGCUUUUACGAAAACCAUCCGACCGAUUUCACCCAGGAGAAGUACGGCGCUGCCAUGUCGAAGAUUGCCAAAGCGGUCGUACCCAAGAAGGUGCAAGACUUCGUCUCAAGAGAGUCUGCAACACUUCCAGGUAUUGAAGACAUGGCUUUGGCGGCGAAUCACCGAGAUCUCGUCAAGUUCAGCGACUUCAAGGACUCUCGAUACCAGCUUGUUAGAGAACCCCUCAAACGACUCAUCCAUGGCGCCAGUCUUGUCGUGAAGAACCGCCUCAACUCGACACGUGGAAUUGAUCAAGAGACGGUCAAUGGUGUCAUGGAGCUCCUGAACGGUGGACAGGUUGCGAAGAAGAGGAGGAUCCUUGCGCCCCAAUUCCCACCAUCGACUUGGAUCCCAAGAGAGACAGAGUAUCUAGACUGGCUUCAAGACUCUGGCGAGGUCAAACUCGCUGCGUCGAGGUCUCGUGGGCAGGCCUUGUUCAUCCGAGGACCUGAAGGAAGGGGUAAGACACGAGCGACCAUGGCGACACUUCGCGACAUCGACAACAUGAUUCAAGCCGACGAGAAGCAGAGCCAUGGACGAGGACCGGUACUCCUUGCAUAUUUCUUCUGCGAUCCUUCGUCGGAUUUUUCGACUGCGGAGGACUUGCUGAAGUCGCUGGUUCGCCAACUAAUCAAUCAACAACCUUCUUUAUCCGUGUAUGCGAAGCAUUUCGUGAAGAAGAAGGGCGAAGACUCCUCAAAGACCCAGGCGAACUUGACGGUCGAAAAUCUUUGGCAAACUCUCCAGGACAUGCUAAUGGACGAGUUCAUUGGACGAAGGGUGUACUUUGUCAUGAACAACCUGCAUGUGCUGCCAGAAGAUGCCGAGUCGACCAUCAAGCUAAUGAGAUUUCUACACGCGGAGAUGGAAGAGCUCAAGCACGAGGACGAGAAGAGGGUCUCAACCAGAUGGCUCCUCACAAGCAGGGAAGUUCAGAAUGUCGAGGAUGCAUUGAAGGUUGAGGGCAUCCGGCUCAUCGAUCUCGAAGAAGACAAAUACUCGGACCAGGUACAACUCGAGCUACGCAAAACCGCUCAGGAGAAAGUCCAGGAGCUCGGCAGUGCAAAGAAGUACAAUAAGGCACUCACCUACUUUGCCAGCAGUCUCAUCGGCAAGCGUGCGUCCAACAGUCAGUGGAUCAAGCUUUCCUGCAUGCAACUUGCGGAACUGUCCGAGGCUGAGAGCGACCUGAGGAUUCGACACAUACUAGAGGGAAUGCCCCAGGAGCUGAAGGCUUUGCUCGAUGCUGCUUGGUUGCAGAUUUUCCGUGCGAAUGAGAAGGAUGCAGACAAGAUCAAGGAAUUGUUGCGAACACUCGUCCUCACUUUCGAGGAACCGACAGAAGACGAGCUUGCUGUGCUGGCUGGAUUUCCUGCGACUGAAGAAGGAAAAGCUGAGUUGCAAAGUUUGGUCAAAAAGUGCAGGCCAUUACUGGUAGUGACACGCAGUGGAAGGUCAGAAAACACUAUCGGUUUCAUGGACACUGUCGUCAGGGAGCAUCUCUUAGAAAAGGAGACCUCGAAGAAGACUCUGGGCAUGUCUGGAGACGAAAGGAAGUGGCAGCAUGGUAUCAUUGCCCUGCGGUGCUUGGCUCAUAUCAAGCAAGCCUUCGAUUUCCCGCCUGUCGAGAAGCCUGCCGAAGAAACCGAUACAGAGGAGGAUGAAGGCUCACAAGCGGCAAGCAGCGAAAAUGGCGAAGAGUCCGACACUGAUGAGGACGACGGUGACGGAAAUGAGUCAGAGGAAGAAGAGUCAGACGACGAAAGCGAUUGGGAUGAGGAUUCCAUGCACAAUUACCACCAAAUGGAAGACGAUGAGGUCGAGGAGGCGCAAAGUCUUGAUGGCAAGUAUUUAGCUUACCCCGUCAAGCACUGGCUACACCAUGCUAGCAAGUCUACCAUCGAGAUCGCCGAGGAUCUCAGCGAAGACGAUUUCUGGGAGAAAGAGUCGCUCAUUCGGUACCGUUGGUUGCUCGUGUACAUGCACACGACCAAAGCCCUGGUUAGCUUCCAGGCCAAGCAUCUCACCGCACUCCACAUCGCCGCUGCUGUUGGCUACAGGCAGCUCGUCUCGGCCCUGAUCCAGAAUGGACAUGAAGAUGAGAUCAACAAGCGGGAUGAACUCACAAACACCCCCCUUCAUUUCGCGGCUUACAUUGGACGACCCAACACGGUUGAUGAGCUCCUCAAACGUGGCGCCAACAUCGAUGAUGGUAUCGAAAUUGGGCAGGAGACGCCGUUGCAUAUGGCUGCCAACGCCGGUCACGUCAAGAUCAUGAAUAAGUUGAUCCAAAAAGGAGCCAAUGCGAAUGCUGUCGCAGAAGACGUCGGUCCGGUGAUGAACGCUGCCAUCUCCUCAGGAAACCCCGAUGCCGUCAGGCUUCUCGUCGAAAAGAACGUCUCCUUGGCCGUCGAGGACGACGACGUCGAUUCUCCCCUGGCUUUGGCUGGCCUGCAUGCGGAUCUGUCCAUGUUCGAGUAUCUCACUCAAACUUACGCUGAUAAGCUACCUCCCAAGGAAUUUGACAAGGCGUUUGUCAAGGCUGCCGUUUCAGGCAGAGUCGAUGUUUUCAACAAGCUUUUGACAUAUGAUCAUUCUCAGGAGUGCUUCCAAGAGGCUUUGGAGGCUGCGGCUGAGGAGGAGAACUGGGAGAUUGUCAUGAUCCUGCUUGAGAAGCGACAGGGUCUGGACUGCAACGAACUCUUCCGACAAGCUGCGACUACAGCUGAGCACCAGGACAAGGUACUGGAGGCUGCGUGGAAGUACACUAACGGAGACAUCUCCAAAGAAACCCUCAAUGAUAGCUUGUACGAGGCCACAGACCUUGAGAAGGAAUCGACGGUCAGGCUUCUGUUGGAGGCCUUCAAUGUCGACCCGAAUGCUACCGGCGAUGAGUAUGGUACAGCUCUGACUGCCGCUGCUUACGACGGCACCCUUGAUAUCGUCAACCUGCUCCUCGACAAGGGAGCCGACAUCAAUUCCCCUGACGGAUGGGCCUUGCAAGCCGCCGCGGCAGAAGGGCACUACGACGUAGUCAAGGAGCUUCUCGAUCGUGGAGCUGAUGUCAACUCACUCACCGAGAAUGAAAACUUCCCUCAGGGAACGGCGCUUCAGGCCGCCGCUGAGUCGGGCAAGGUGGAAAUCGUUACGCUGUUGAUAGAACACGGCGUCAACCCCGACCUUGGAGCGGGAGAAGACACCUUCCCCAUCAUGGCGGCUGCCAUGAGAGGCGAGCAGACAAUCUUGGAGCUUCUCGUCAACGCCAAGGCAGAGGUCAACGUCUCUGGUGGGCAGGAUCACUCGACGGUGCUGAUCGAAGCCGUGAUCAACCUGCCGGUGGAUGCCCUGCAGGUUCUGCUCGACGCUGGUGCUGAUAUCAACCUCGAGGAUCGUGAUGGCGAUACCCCGUUGAUCCUUGCAGCCCGCGAGGGCGACGCGGACUGCGUCAAGUUUCUCCUGGACCACGGAGCCGACAUUUUCCACACGAACCACGACAAUGAGAAUGCUCUUCAGUCGGCUAUUGAGUAUGGCGGUGACGACGACUGCACCAAAGUCCUCAUAGAUCGUAUCUCGGAGAUUAUGUCGGCCCUGAACAAGGCCAUGCACAACGGCAACUCGGCCGUCACAAAGGUCGUCCGCAGCGUUGGAACCGGUCGUCAAGGUCUCACCUAUGAUGACUGGGAGGAUCCCGAUGACAGAAUGUCAGAGGCAUCUGACGACGACGACAGGAAGAGAAGCAGUUACGAGACCCCGCGAACCGAGUCUUUCCCGAACAGCGCUCGCAAGGUCGACGACUCGCCUCAUGCACCGUCCCCUCUCAAGCCUCGCAGCGAGAAGCUGUCACAGGAACUGGAGGAAGCCAUAGCCGCCCAGGUCUCGAUGCUUCAGCAAUUCGGAACAUCUCCUCCCAAGCCGGAGAAGAUCGAAAUGUCGCCGGUUGAGAUGCCCCCGACUACCAUCGCGGGGCUGCCGUCUCAGAGGAGGUACUCCCAGCAGGUACAGCUGGAGGAGAUGCUCUCAAAGUACGAGUUUGAACCGCAGCCAGACCCGGUGGAGAGGUUCAACAGGCCGCCUUACAUCAAGGCACCACCGAUGUCAUGGACACAGUCAAGCGAAGCUCUCUCAGGCGAGCCGAUGCUCUCCCCUGGUCAAGGGCCCAUCAGACGCAAGCCAGCGCCAUCGUACGCCUUGAACCCCUCGCCCACACCUUCCAAUCUGUCUGGAAGCCAGUUCCAACCACCCCCUGCGCAAACCUCUGAUGCGAAGCCAGUCGUCGAUCAGCGGCCUGCAUAUCAGAAUGCGUCGUCGUACCCUGGGGCCCCAAUGUACCAGGCGGGUCUCGGCUUGCCAUCGCAGUAUCCUAAGAGAAGAAUCUCGGAGGAGAACGACGAUCUCGCGCCACCAAUUGCUCCGUACACCGCCCCCUUCAACCCUUCAUCAUACCGCCCAAGCCCGGGGAACACGCCACCUCAGAGCCAGGAGCCGUUCCCUGAUUUGCCUCAACAGAUGCCAGGAGGAUGGCAGAGUCCGCCCCAGCAGAUGCAGCCGGCGAUGCAGCAGUCUUCAUUAAGCAUUGAGAGUGUAUCGCCACCAAAUUCUCAGCAUCAGCAAGAGUUUGACUCUAGUAAACCUGACUUAAAGUCACAUCGUACCUCGUUCAUGGGGAUGAAAAAUACGCUUGACAAGGCAAGACAGUUUAGUACUGGCAUUAUGAACCGCAAGACAUCCGGCUUUUAG